UAUGGUGCUUGCCACUUAACUCUACUGAUGGAAUUGAACGUAAUUAUCGGAUUAGCGGCCUGGUGCUCAGAACCUGAAAAUAUUUACUGGACAACAGUGAUGGUACCGUGCUCUAGCACUCGGGCAGUUCAGAGUGGGACCUAAUUUAUUUUAUUUGUUUUCUUUGGAGAAGCCAUGAUCUAGCGGCAAGUAACGCAAAGUGGAUCCAGAAGUAGUAGGCCAACUGCAAUACAAAGCGGGAUUCUUUCACAGAGGCCGGCCAGGACACGCACCCAUCUAGGUCCAAAAAACCUGCCUGCUUUUCUGUUAUGUCUGUCUCCUCUCUUCCGGAAUGGAAGCAGCUCCUGUUGGAGAGAAAGAGGAGAGAGGAAGAGGAACGGGAAAGGAGAGAAAAAGAGGAAGAGGAGAAGUUUGCCAAAAUGCCCGCCUGGAAGCGAGGGAUCAUUCAGCGGAGGAAGGCGAAGCAGGAAAUCCUGGUUGACCGGGAGAAGGAAAGAGACGUGUCCAUCCCAUCGGUUGAUUCUCAACCCAUCUUGGAUAUACUCAGCGAUACAGACAACUCUGUGACUGUCAGUCAGGGAAACGAACAAUCCCUCAGUCCAGAUCCGAGCCAGUCGCCAGAUGUAGGCCAGGUCUCGGUGGAAACCAUCGUUCCGGUCCAUGAAAACCCAUUUAUGCGUACACAGAAUGUGUGGAGGAAGGUAAAAGACGAUGUUGGGUACGAGCUGGAGAAGGACAAACUGACCCCCAAGAGUCAUGACGGGGAGACCGGAAGAGGCAGGAAUAUCGAGAAGAAAAUAGAAAGAUUUCGCGAUUUGAGCGAAGGCCGUGACAGGAGUCAAGGGAGAGAGAAUAACAGGGAGAUUUGGGAAAAGGCUAAAGAGUCGCUAAAAGAUGUAGCCAAGGAGAAAGAAGAAAAUGACAAAGACCUAGCUAGUUCAUUUUCUCCUCUUGUCCCUUGUCUUCGAACCAUCCGUGCAGACAAUAUCAUCAUCAUCGAACAGAACCGCAGAGGCAGUGACGAGAAAAGAGCAAAAUGGAGAGAGGUGGAGGUGGAGCGGCCGGAGGAGGACUUGCAAGGGAAGAGAGGGAUGAAGAUGGACUUAAGGGAGAUUCUAGCAGGGGGGGCGAGUGUCACUGAGAUCCGAGCCUCUGAUGUUCUGAUCAUAAAGCCCACAGUGAGCAGUGAAGAGCGAUCUCAAGGAGGAGGAGGAGGGAAAAGCUCCAGCAGAGAGGAGAGUGAGAUGUGCACCAUCGAGGCAAAGAGGGAGAGUUGGGGCAAGGAUCUUCGAACUGAAAUGCCAUGGAUGAGGGACAAAGAGAUUUCCAAAGAAAAAGACAGACUGUGCAACCAGGCAAUGGUGAUUAAAGAUAACAGGCAGGAUAGUUUGGAUGACAAUGUCUUUUACGAAAGAGGAGGCAGAGUUAGCCAGCUUCUCUCUAAAUUCGGGGAGCUACGUAAGCCUCCCUCCAGAUCAAAAAGUUCCGAUAACUUCCUCAGGCCCGGUAGGAGGAAAAAUUCAAGGGAAAGCGACGAACCCAAUGAAGGGAGGACAUACGACGUGCCGCUCAAAGGUGUGCCAAAACGUUCUUUCAGCUUCUCUGAUAGGGUUGUCACCUCGAAGGAAAACGGCUUGGAUCCAGACGGGUAUUUUGAGAGGAAAACACGUGAGAGGAUACAUUCAGACAGGAGUGGGACAAGCUUAGGGAAGGAAAUACCCGUCAAGUGUAAAAUUGGGUGGUCGAGAUUUUUGGACAAAAAACAAUUUGUAAAGGACGGGAAAUUACCAAACGAAAUCCAGAGUGACGCAAUCCAGAAAAGAAGCGAUACAGGGAUAGGAUUACAAAACAGGGCUGAAGUUCAAAGGUUGGCUACAGGGAUGGCAGGUGAUGAAGAUAGAGAAGGUUUCAUGAUGGCCUCAGUCAAAAGCACCGAGGGAAUUUCAUUUGCGAGAAGGAUACCGAUUAAGCAAGAUGGAAAAGCAAGGACCACUGAAAGAGAGGUGAGGAGACCCAUUAAGAAAGCGUUCAAACUAGAAAUCAGUGCGGCAAAAGAUUCAUACUCGGGAAAACUUUGCGAGAAAACAGAUGAUUUUAAGCAAACUGAGGCACUCAACAGUCGAAGCGGUGCAGAGAAUUGCCACGAACUUGAAUCAGACCACAGAGAGUCCUCUACUCUGCUCAGUACUGUAGCAGAUAGAGGUGCAGAGUGGGAUGUUUUGUCCCAUCACACCGAAGAACUUAUCAACAAAAUAGAAAAAAUAGUCGAUGCGGCUGAUUAUAACAACGAGAUGGUUGAACAAUCGCACAGGAUCGACUGCAAGCAAGGAACUCCCAAUGAGUCAGUUGCUUGUGAUUUAACACCCAGAUCCCUAAAAGGAAUCUCUCCUGUGGGGAACCCUCCAGGUCCCCUCGAGAUCCAGAUCCCAAGGACCGUGUUUUAUGUUGCAGAGGAGAUGGCGAAAAAGAAGAACGCAGGUCAAAGCGUGGAAGGUAAAGACUCUGAAGGAGUGGAGAGGAGAGAUAGCUGGAGGGUCGGCAAGCCCUUGAGUCGCAUAGAGUCCCUGCGAGAGAAAAUUAGACAAAGGGAGCAAGACAGGCUCAGACAGAGGAGGUCACAGGGCAUGAAUGGAGGUGAAAUUAAAAUAAAUUCUGAUGCAUCCAGUCAAGGCGAUACAUGUGAGGAAAGCGGGACUGAAAAGGAGUGUGAAUCCACCGCUCCUUUGCAAAAGAGGAUGAUUGCUGCUGAGAGCAAUGAGGCAGAAACAGAGGUGCAGACAUCCGGGUCUGCAUUUGACAUCACUCAGGAAGUCGACGUGUUGAAAAACUGCCCUCAGCUUCCUGUUUCUGUCCUACACUCAACCACUGACAGUGGAGAGGAAGUUAGUCGCAACUUUGCCAACGCUCCCUCAGAAGAUAGCGAUGAAAGUCUUCAAAUAUCCAAGGAUAAACCAGACACUCUGAAACAUGUGGAAGAACAAGUGACGCACUGCAAUAGCCAACAUCAGGUUGGAGACGGAGAACAAGAAGAAGACACGGAGGAACCUGAGAAGGGAGUAGAGAGCAACAAAUCUAUUGAUCCUGCGCAAGCUUCUUCCCCUUCACCGCCUCAUCCCAACUCUCUCGCAGCAAUGAGUCGGAUCUACAACUUGGAGACAGUUGGUUCGAGGUCAGGCUUGUGUUUAAGAGAAAAAAACGUGGACGUCUCAUCGGUGCAUCUGGUAAAGGUGAAGCCCCUCAUCACAUCAGAUACACUAAAGGGAGACGCUAAAGUGUUCUCGAGUGACACCAGUGGAAUUAAGACAAGACAACUCCAAAUUGAGCAGUUACAGCUUAAGGAGCAGGAAUUACUGCAAACUCAACAUGUUGCCUCGACAUCAACGACUCCUUGUAAGGACAAAGAUGUUAAAGGAUGCCAAAGCAAAGGAUUCAAAAAACAUCAGAGUGAAGAGACGGGUAAAGAAACAUCAGAAGUGAACACAAAAAUUUGUCCCAGAAGGGUUUUUUCACCAACAUCCCAGCUCAGACAACCCAACCCAAUUAAUGCCUCACACCUCAGGAGCCAAUCUCCAGAUAAAUCUCUGAAACCUUCUGACUGUGCACCAACCCCAGCCUCCUCACCAUGUUCUCCAUCUCCCACUGCUUCUCCAUCACCAUCGCCAACAUUUUUCUCUAUUCGCAGUGCCUCUGGGGGUCAAGUAAAAAGAGGGGCCACUAUUACAAUCACCCCCAAAAAAUCCACAGAAACAGAAAGAACAGCCACAACGCCAUCCACACCAACGACAUGUGUCAAUACAAAGAUUCCUCAGCCGACGUCUGGUGUGGCUGAACCCUCGAAGAAGAAGUAUCCGGCAGUAGAGGAAAUUGAAGUGAUUGGUGGCUAUCAGAACCUGGAGAAGUCAUGUCUCAUUAAGACCAAAGGGACACUGAAAAGGGGGAAGGUGUGUUUUGACGAGAACCAGCUAGAGCAAGUGUGCGAGUAUCCUUCUGAGACCUCCAUGUUGGUGUCCACCCCUUUCCCCCAUGACCCGGAGAGGACCGAGAUGCCUUCAGGAGAGGAGCCAAAGGAGGAGGAGGGGGAAGCAGACGUAGGAGCCGUCAUGUCAAAGAGCCCAAAGAAUUUGGGGACUGCAUUGGGACGGGGUCUAAGAGUGGAUGAGUCUUGCCCUCGGUAGACGCCACUCACCUCGCCAAAAUGUCCAUGCGAUGCAAUCAGGUUUUACUAUGAGGUUUUGUCAUCUUCUUUUGAAUGUGUUCAAAUGAGUGAAUGAUGGACAGUUCUAUUCCCUCAUGUUAUGAAUGUAUGGCUCAUAAUGUACAAAGUCCUAGUUCACCAGUAUUUUUUGGUGUUCUAAGGAAAAAGAUCACUUAUCUAUGCAAUUAAUUAAGACUGUUGUAUUCUGUAGUUAAACAAUUUGAUAGGAUUUCAAUAUCCGAAUUUAAGUCAGUCAAGUGAUAGUUGUGUCAUUUGAGUGCCUUGUGCCUGCUUUGUACUUAAACCACAGAUGAUAUGGAGAAAAAUUCAUGGUGACAUAUUUUUAUUUUAUGUAUUCUUAAAAAAAAAAAAAAGAAAUGUGUAACUGCUAUUGGACUAUUUUGUCAUAAGAAAGUGGCAAACACUGGGAUAAUACUAUGAAAAAUUGCAUUACCAUUUUACAACUGCUGUCGUUCAGAGAUUUAAUGUAUGAAUCACACAAAUGUAAAUAAACAAUGCAUCAAAUCUGUACAGAAUAUCCACAAAAUAUUUGAUGUAUUUUAAUGCAGCUCCCUUCAAAAUGUAAUAAAUAUAUAAGAAAUCAUUUGUUUUUG